AUGUCGCUCUUCAGAAUUGGAGGUGCUUCUGGCCUCCGUGCGACUCGGUUUGCGACUCCUAUCAAUGCCCGCUUUGUCUCCAAUGCCGCGAAGGGCUCUGCUUCCGUCAAGACCAGCCCGGCCGAUGCUCCCACCACGCGCAGCCAGGAUAGCUCUUUGAUCAACCAGCAGAGCCCUUCGGAGGCAAUGGCCCGUCAUCAGCCAGACUAUGAGGCUACUAUUGACCACGGAACCUCUCAAUUUUCUCCCGUGCCUAAACGUGUCAUGGAUGGCAGUGAGCCCACUGGUGCUCUUCCUGCUGCUGUUCUGUCUGGUGCCCCUACUGAUUUGCAGGCCCGCACUGUCAGAAUCUACCGCCCUACCAAGGCCGCUACUCAGUCUGGCACCUGGCAUCAACACCACUGGCGUAUGGAUUGGGAUAUCUUGCAGAGAGGUCACCGAUGGGAGAACCCGCUGAUGGGGUGGCAAUCUUCCGCCGAUGGUAUGCAGGGAACCCACAUGAAGUUCAAGUCAAAGGAGGACGCCAUUGCCUUUGCCCAGAAGCAGGGCUAUGAAUACUUUGUCCAGGAGCCGAAUGAGCGCCGGUUCACACCAAAGAAUUACGCCAACAAUUUCCUCCACGAACCCAAGAAGCUCAAGCACAUCAAGACCAAAUGA